ACCCAUUUCCCCCCACGUCUCUAUAUUCUCCAUUCUCUCAUUCAUCAACCGCCAUAACAUUUCAUCGCAUUUUCUUCUUCUUAAUUUCUCUCUGCUCAUUUCGUCUUGUCUGAAACUGGAAGGAAUAUGGGUGCUUGUUUCUCUUUAGUCAGGAGUGAGUAUGAAUCCGAAUCUGAAAGACCCACAACAGCCAGUGUUGUGUCUUUAAGGGGUGAUCUUCUUCAAUAUAAAGUUCCGAUCUCGGUUUCUCAAGUCCUCCAGGCUGACCCCACGGCUUCUAACUGUUUUCUCUGCAAUUCUGAUAGUUUGUUGUACGAUGAACACAUUCCGGCUUUAGAUUUGGAUGAAGAACUUCAGGCUAAUCAGAUUUACUUUGUUCUUUCUAACUCUAAGCUUCAAUACAAGUUGUCUGCAUCAGAUAUGGCUGCUUUGGCUGUGAAAGCUAGCGUUGCUCUUCAAAGUGGGUCUAAAAAGAAACGCCAUCGUCGUAAAAAGUCUCAAAUUUCUCCUGUUUUACCCGCCAAUCAAGCCACUAGUGUUUACAAAUUAGAUGGUACAGUAACUAAAAUAAUGAGCUUUGAUAAUAAGCCAGCUGCUGUACCUGAUAGUAUUCGUAUGUCAAGAUCUGGUUCUGUUAGAAAAUUACAAAGAUACACUUCUAGACGAGCUAAAUGGGCUGUUCGUUCUUUUAGGCUGAGGCUAGCCACCAUUUAUGAAGGGAGCGUUGCCUAGAAAUUUUUUGUUUUCUCUUCUUCAUGUUAAAUUUAUUCCUUUUUUUUUUUUCAACCUUUUGUAACUUCAUAUUAUCCCUGUAUAAAAGAAAACAGAGAUCGGAUUUAGUUGUAAGCUUCAACUUUAAUUCAAUCGUCCAUACAAAUAUAUAUGGAUUCCCUAGUUAAUUCUUUACCCUU